GCAAGAAGGAUACUCAGCACAUAUGCAGAGUGAUGAUCAUCUGUUUGAAGAAUCAGGCUUUGGAGCUAACCUUGAUCCUCCGAUGAACCCAACCCAUGUUCAACCACCCUGGGAUCAACUCCUUGAGCGGGCCUUGAAGAAUUCGGCGUGGUAUACUAUGUUGGACCUCGCUAGCGGCUUCUGGCAA